AGUUCUUCAUAGAAACAAGUUAACCACAGAGAUGGGAGCUUUAUACUUACCAUGUCUAAUACUUUCCUUGUGCAUGUAUGAAACAUUUGGGCAGGUAUCCUCACUUCAAAACAAGACAUUUGAUAAAAGUGGUUUGAUGCCUAGUCCCGUAUCAGGUAAAGCGUCCAAUGUUUUACGGGACAUUCUGAAUCAGGAGAGUCUUGUACGUUUCUCUAUGGUACAAAGAAUCCAGCGCUUGGUUAUGGAUGCCAUAGACAAUAAAAACGAUAGGGAAGUUAUAAAAACAAAGCUUGGGGAUGUUAUAAAUGAAUUACAGGAUUUGGAGAAAAAAGACCAGAGAAUUGAGGCGGAAAACAUGGAACUUAAUCGAGAAUUGAAGACUUUGGAUGAAAAGUUAAAGCAGAUCAACGAGACUUUACAAAUAAUUAGUGUAAAUAAUAUCGUCGAUCGGCUCGCUGCAACAGAAGACAUGUUUAGUAUUUUAUCCGCCUUUGUUAAUAAAUCUCUUGAAAAAGCUCACGAGGACUUAAAAGAGUCAAUGCUGCAUUGGUCACAGUGGACUGAGUCUCGAUUGACAGAAGUGGUGUUUACAGCGGGGAUUACAACUAAUACACGCUUUCAAAGGGACCAAACAGUUAUAUUCCCGCAUGUAAUAACCAAUAAAGGAAAUGCUUAUAAUCCAGCUAAUGGGGUAUUUACUGCCCCUGUAAACGGAACAUAUGUAUUCUUUUGUUCUAUCAUAUCCGUUGGUUCCGACAACUCAUGGGUUAAAAUCAUUAAAAACGGAGCUUUACAAGUUGUGAUCGGUGCAUAUGGAAGCGCAAAUGAUUAUGACUCAUCAGCAUCUAACAUCGUCAAUCUUCAGUUAAUCAAAGGUGACAGAGUUUGGGUAGCUGGAUAUUCAGCAGCAUUUCGGCUCUACUCAGAAAGUGGUAAUCCAGUCGCAACCUUCUCUGGUUUUCUUCUGUAAACUCUGAAAUGACACUUAAUAAUUCUUAAAUGUGUGUUGUUAGAAAAGGAAGAAAUUAAGUUUAUGUCUCAGAUUAAAAUUCAUCAAUUCGUACAAUUCAUAUCCCAUCCUUCACGAUGAGAUACGUUAAGACGUGCAUAAUUAGAUGCAUUUCUACAGAUUUAGGAAAACAAUUAUGACGUCACGUUAAAUAAAUACAACUAAAUCUU